AUUGGUUGAUUACUGCACAUGUCCCAAAAGUGUUCUGGUGUCCUGAAUUCUGGCGAAAGCUGAAGGCUUACACUUUGUUUAGGAGUGUCUCCUAUUUAUGAUGUAAACAGAGGUUUCUGCUGCAUUUUCAGUAUAGACAUGCUGAGAGCACAGAAAGUUUUGCGUGUUCUCUGUGGAAGGGACCUUCAUUCUCCUCCGCAAUCUCAGGAUUUCUUCCUGAAUUCCAGCAUCACAAAAAGUGUACGCCUCUUACAUAGGGAGCCAUUACACCCAGAAUGGGCUGCGUUAGCCAAGAAACAGCUGAAAGGGAAGAAUCCAGAAGAGCUCAUCUGGCACACCCCAGAGGGAAUCAGUAUCAAGCCACUCUACACCAAGAGGGACACCCUUCAUUUGCCAGAGGAGCUACCAGGAGUAAAGCCUUAUACUCGUGGCCCAUACCCUACCAUGUAUACCUUCAGACCUUGGACCAUUCGGCAGUAUGCAGGCUUCAGCACUGUGGAGGAAAGCAAUAAAUUCUACAGGGAUAAUAUUAAAGCUGGCCAACAAGGACUGUCUGUUGCCUUUGACUUGGCUACUCACCGUGGUUAUGAUUCUGACAAUCCUCGAGUUCGUGGAGAUGUUGGGAUGGCUGGAGUUGCUAUAGACACUGUAGAGGACACCAAGUUGUUGUUUGAUGGGAUUCCUUUAGAAAAGAUGUCUGUUUCUAUGACAAUGAAUGGUGCAGUAAUUCCUAUUUUAGCUAUGUUUAUUGUCACUGGAGAGGAGCAAGGUGUUCCAAAAGAAAAACUGACAGGAACCAUCCAGAAUGACAUACUGAAGGAAUUUAUGGUCCGAAAUACCUACAUUUUCCCACCAGAACCAUCAAUGCGUGUCAUUGCUGACAUCUUCCGAUACACUUCAGAGAACAUGCCAAAGUUUAACUCCAUUUCUAUUAGCGGGUACCACAUUCAAGAGGCUGGUGCUGAUGCAGUUUUGGAAUUGGCCUAUACAAUAGCUGAUGGUUUGGAGUACUGCAGAACUGGAUGCAGUGCUGGACUUUCUAUUGACGAAUUUGCUCCCCGAUUGUCUUUCUUCUGGGGUAUUGGAAUGAAUUUUUACAUGGAAAUUGCCAAGAUGAGAGCAGGCAGACGGCUUUGGGCUGACCUGAUAGAGAAAAAUUUUCAGCCAAAGGAUUCCAAAUCUCUCCUUCUUAGAGCACAUUGUCAAACUUCAGGGUGGUCUCUUACAGAGCAGGAUCCCUAUAAUAAUGUAAUUCGUACUGUGAUUGAAGCAAUGGCAGCAGUAUUUGGAGGCACACAGUCUUUGCAUACAAAUUCUUUUGAUGAAGCAUUGGGACUGCCUACAGUGAAAAGUGCCCGGAUUGCUAGAAAUACCCAGAUUGUCAUACAAGAAGAGUCUGGCAUUCCUAAAGUGGCUGAUCCGUGGGGAGGCUCUUACAUGAUGGAGUCUUUAACAGAUGAAGUAUAUGAAGCUGCCUUAAAGCUGAUAAAUGAGAUUGAAGAAUGUGGUGGAAUGGCAAAAGCCGUUGCCGAAGGAAUUCCCAAACUUCGGAUUGAAGAGUGCGCUGCACGAAGACAGGCUAGAAUUGAUUCUGGUGCUGAAGUAAUUGUUGGAGUAAACAAAUACAGAUUACCAGAAGAGGAGAGAGUUGAGGUGCUGGCCAUUGACAAUUCGUCAGUUCGCAAUAAACAAAUUGAGAAAAUCAAACAGGUAAAAGCAUCCAGAGAUAGCAUGGUAGCAGAGCAAAGCUUAAAUGCCAUUACAGAAUGCGCACGUACUGGAGAAGGCAAUUUGUUGGCACUUGCAGUUGAAGCAGCACGAGCAAGAUGCACAUUAGGAGAAAUCACAGAUGCUAUGAAAAAAGUUUUUGGUGAGCACAAGGCAGUUGAUCGUAUGGUUAGUGGAGCUUACCGUGAUGAAUUUGGAGAAAGUGAUGAAAUUUCUGCAGCUCUCCAGAGGGUUCAGAGAUUUCAAGAGCAUGAAGGUCGUAGACCUCGUAUCCUUGUGGCUAAAAUGGGUCAAGAUGGACAUGACCGGGGAGCAAAAGUUAUUGCUACAGGUUUUGCAGAUUUAGGCUUUGAUGUGGAUAUCGGUCCUCUUUUCCAGACCCCUCGUGAAGUUGCCCAGCAAGCAAUCGAUGCAGAUGUUCACUGUGUAGGUGUGAGCACUCUGGCAGCUGGUCACAAAACACUUGUUCCUGAUCUGAUCAAGGAGUUGAAAUCUCUAGGUCGCCGAAAUAUUCUUGUUCUUUGUGGAGGUGUCAUACCACCUCAGGACUAUGAAUAUCUUUACGAUUGUGGAGUUUCCAGUAUAUUUGGUCCAGGCACUCGAAUCCCAAAGGCAGCUGUCCAGGUGUUGGAUGACAUUGAGAAAAGUCUGGAUACCCAGCAGCAGUCUAUUUAAUAAUAAAAAUACCGAAGGCAGCCACUGCUACCAAAAUUAGCAUUCCACUUAUUUGCUAAUUAAAAACUUUGCUCUUCUUUUUGCUAUGGCAAGUGAAGUCCAUGUAACUCGUUCAGCCAAAGCUUGUGGUUGUUAUACUUUAUGUGGAAAUUUUAGUAUUAAUUUUUAUUUAAGCAGUGAUGGAACUUAAUGUUGGGAUGUGCUAAAAGGGUUUAAUCACUGUUCUGGAAUAGCUGCUAAGAAACAUCUUGAAUAAAUUGUACUCAUCUACAGAAUACAUGUACCGAAAUACAAUCUUAAGUUUUAUUGAUUAUGAAUUGUGUAAAAAAUGUUUUCUGUUAAACUAUAGUAUAUAAAGAUUUUGUUGUUUGAUUGAAAAUGCUGUCCUGGCAAUCUUCACUUUGUAGCCUACACUAUGUCCAGGGGUAGACAAUACCCCUUUAUUUUUAUCUCCCUGCUGCUGCUCACUUCUGGCUUUUCCACUGUCACCUUCCAUACUGGUCAGUCCUGUAGGUUCCCAGAACCAUGGUUACCCCAUCCCAGCAUUACGUGCACUGGAAGGAUUUCCCUUCCGGGGAAGCUUGUACACCUGAGGGUGGCCAGUUCACCUCAUAUGCAAGUUUUGAGGUGUGUGAGCUGCCAGUGAUCGGGCCAUUUGAAGUAACAUCAUACUGUGGCCCUAUCUCUCACUGAUAUAUAGCACUGACAUUGUCUGGUGAACAUGUAUUGAUCCCCUAAUGCCCCCACCUAUGUGCGAUACAUCCUUCCAUGCCCACCCAUCUGCAGCAGUAGGACUCCUGUCUUGACCUUGGUAUCACCACUGGGGCUCACAAACCACUGCCCUCCUUUUGUGCCCUUCCCUCAUGGAAGAGGCCAGCAGGCCAUUGCCUCAUUAUUCUUCUUUCCACCCAGCCAGCUCUGGCAGGCUUUCCAGCCACUAGAUGAACAGUGUUUGCUUGGGAGGUUUAGAGCUUUAUCACUGUAUGACGCAAAACUGGCUCCCAUAUAGUACUAGCUUGUCACAAAGUUUUAGUCUUCUAUGAUAGCAUUGUUGCAUAAGAUGUUCUUUAUGUUGAAAAAUUGUCCAUUGUAUGUUGUUGUUGUGUGCGUCUGUUCAGUAUGUAACUUCAUGGGGUUGAGAUGAUUAUGAUGAUAGUAAUAUAUGCCUGCAUUUUUUUUUUUCAAAAAUGUUUUCACACGUGUUGUCAGAAAUGUAUUUCAGAAAAACAAAGGCUACAGUAAAUUAUUUUAAAAUACAUUAAUUAUACUCUGCUUUUAGUUUGAGAAAAUUUCUAUUGUAACUUUACAUCAUCCAACAAUUCUAACUUCUUCCCAACAAUUUUUUAAAUUAAUGCAUUAUAAAUAAAACUGACAAAGGUUAUGCAUCACUCGUAGUAUGCUUUGUACCUUAUAAUGAGCAAUCUGGAAGCUGUUUUAGUGAGCUGCCAUUGUUAGCAACUUUUAUGCUUGAUAAUAUUCAGCAUUAAAUUGGUCUUUUCCCCUUACCUGUA